AUUGGCGAUGUCUCCAUUGAGCAACAACUCCUUGUUUCUGGAAUAUAGUGUUGCCGCACAGGUAUGGAAGCUCACUGCUUGUGAUCUCUGUGAGAUAGCAAGAAAUUCAGCUUAUAAAUCUGGAUUUUCCCAUGCAGCAAAGGAGACGGGGAUUGUAUUUGCUCUAUCACAGGUUGCAUAUGGAGCUUGUUUGUUCUUAGGCUACUGGGGUUAUUUCCUUCUCUUUCGCAUUGUUAGAAGUUCUCAUCUUUUCCCAUUCAGGUAUAUUCUCUUUUGCAUUGGUACUUCAAGAAGGAGAAAAACUGGUUCUUGUCUGGUUCGAUACACCUUACAACCAGGCUGUAUACGGCCUUGUAGACAAAUUAGGUAGUUUAGUGGUUAGAUUGGUGUUUCUUCCUUUUGAAGAAAGUUCAUAUACUACAUUUGCAAAGUUUGCAUCAGGACAACUCCCCCAAAGGAGCCCAAAGUUAGCGAGUUCACUCACAGUGGCCCUAAAGCUUGUCGUCUUGAUUGGUAUGUUCUUCCACAUAAUUCUUAUGCUUAUUAAUUUACUUGAGAUAUAAUUUGACAAGACUCCCCUAUGAAAAUAUUUAACGCCUAUGGAAAAUAUUUUGGUUCGAGUGUGGAUAUUUUUUAUUGCCAGGACAAGUCUAUAAUUUGACUUUCUUUAGGUAUGUUUUUAACUAUCCUAGAUGUUAAAAAAUCGUCUUUGAAUUGCAUCUCACAUAUUAUCUAUCUGGUCGAUAGGAUAUCAACAAAAAAUCAUCUAAUGUUGGAAUCCUGGAUGUUAAAUGUUCAUUCAAGACUUGGAAUUAUUUCACCUUAUUUGUAUCAAAGGCUAUAAAUUUCUUCUAAAUAGAGAGAAGCAAAUUGUCUUCAAAUUGCAUCUCACAUAUUAUCUAUCUAGUCGAUAGGAUAUUAAGCUAAGGUAACACACUUUUAAUGAUCUCAUAUACAUUAGGGCGCAUUUAGGACUUGCUAUAUUUGCAUUGAGCAAAAUGGUGAUUGUGCUCGAUUGGAUCACGUGGUGAACUGAGCUCAC